AUGGCCGCCGAAGCAGCUCGCAAAGGAAUUACCGCCUUCAACACCAUCAAAAACAUAAUUUCGGAGCUCAAAAAGAUCGAUAAGACGUUCACUCCGGCUUCCCAGCAAUAUAAGUACCUAAUGGAGCAAAUGAGAGCCGAUCAAGUGACCACAAGACGGUAUUCAAAGGCGGAAAAUGAGUCGGAGAGUGUCGCCAAGCUUUAUUUAAGCUAUCUUCAAGGAAAUCGCCGGCUUAAUGCUCUACAACAGGAAUACAAAGGUGGCGAGAAGAGUAUUGAAGAGAGCGCCCGUAUUGUUGGAUUGAAGCUUCCAGAGAAGAAAAAUUUCUAA